AUGAUGGAAGAUGAUAAGAAUGUUUUGAUUGCUGUGGCUCAGGGAAUUGUUCCGGUGCUAGUACGCUUACUGGAUUCGAGUUCUUCCUCAGAGAUAAAGGAAAAAACUGUCACAGCCAUUGCUAGGGUUUCAACAGUCGAUUCGAGCAAACAUGUGUUAAUCGCCGAGGGAUUAACGCUUCUUAACAAUCUGCUUCGAGUAUUAGAGUCUGGAAGUGUAUUUGCUAAAGAAAAAUCUUGUAUUGCCCUCCAACUUUUGAGCCAUUCGAAGGAAAACGCGAGAGCAAUUGGUUCCAGAGGUGGAAUUUCAUCUCUAUUAGAGAUUUGUCAAUCCGGAACACCCAGUUCACAAGCUGUUGCAGCUGGGGUUUUGAGGAAUUUGGCGGUAUUUGAAGAAAUCAGAGAGAAUUUCAUUGAAGAAAAUGCGAUUUUUAUACUAUUAGGGCUUUCGGGUACGGGGACUGUAUUGGCGCAAGAGAAUUCGAUUGGUUGCUUGUGUAAAUUGGUUUCAGGGGAUGAUAAUUUGAAAGUUCUGGUGGCCAGGGAAGGUGGGAUUGAGAUUUUGAAGAAUUUUUGCGACUCGGCUCCGAUUGACCGGAGUUUGGAGGUGCCGGUUGAAAUGAUAAGGAAUUUAACUGAGUGUCAAUUAGUUGCUGAAGUUGUUGUUUUGAGUGGGGUUUUGAGUAGGAUUAUUGGGGUUUUGAACUGUGGGGUUUUGGGUGUGAGAAUUGCUGCUGCUAAAACGGUUUAUAAUUUGGGGUUUAGUACUAAAACCAGAAAAGAGUUGGGUGAAAUUGGUUGUAUAGCUCCUUUGGUUAGAAUGUUGAAUGGUAAGGCUGUGGAAGAGAAAGAAGCGGCUGCUAAGGCAUUGUCAAACCUUAUGGUUUAUGCAGGGAAUAGGAGGAUUUUUAGGAAGGAAGACAGGGGGAUUGUUAGUGCAGUUCAGUUAUUAGACCCUUUGGUACAUAAUGUGGACAAGAAAUACAUUGUUUCGAUAUUGGCUUCGCUUGUGCAUUCGAAGAAAUGUCGUAAACAAAUGGUGGCUUCGGGUGCUUGUGUGUACUUGCAGAAACUUGUUGAGAUGGAUGUUGGAGGUGCUAAAAAGCUCUUGGAUAGUGUUGGUCAUGGCAAGCUAUGGAGUGUUUUUGCCAAACCAUAGCAGUGAAAGAGUUGUGAAAAAUGGGAUGUGGAAAGGGAUCGAACAUGGGGAUGAUUCAUUGAUCUGUAUGUACAUAGUUGUGUUAGCCGUAAUUUUGUUUUCCUUGUUUGUUCAUAGUUGUGGUUAGAAUUUGGUAUAGAAAAGUAAAUGCCAUUAGUCUAGUUGAUGGUGAAAGUUGUGUCUACAAAAAUGUAAUCCUGGUUUGGUGAUCUAACUGGAUUUGAAUUCUCUAUUUUUUCACCAAAACCCAAUAAAUUAAUAAUGAAA